CAGCACGCGAACGAUGGUAUGCAGUAAGUAUCCCCUUUUCCUACUACUCUACCUUCCUACACCAUGUUCCACCUAUGUACUGUACCUGUUCAAUCAGUUUCCCCCCGAACACAAUACCUACUACUACAAUAAUACAUUACAUAUCCCCCCCUCCCUUUCCUCUCUCCGCGCCCCCCCUCGCCUACCCCAGAUGGCUUGUACACAUACGACCCAGUCGUGUUGUAUAAAAGACCUGGUCAUAUAUGUACCGGAAGUAUAUCUGCUGUCUCAACCAUGGAUUCGUCCCGCAAACAUUGAGCUAGGUCGACCCGUCCAUGCUCCACUACGAGUGGCGGGACCCCUGGGGAUAGCUUCACCAGGUCCAUCCUUCCUAUAUGCAAGCCUAGCAGAAUUCGUUAUCCUGCAGCUUGCCUGCUGGUUUCCUUCCCCAUACCCUUGUUUAUUCCAUCAGCUCAAAGGCAACCGCAGCUUUUGAAUCUGGCUCUGGCUCUGUUCUGGCUCUACUCUGGCUCUGGCACUUGCUCUACCAACUGCCUUGGAUUUGGAACACCCAAUGCCGUGCAGCCAUGAUUGCAUUGCUCUUUGUUGUUGUCGCUCCUAGCAUAACUAAGCUGUAUGGGCAAGCUAACCUUGUUGCGUGAUACAGCUCUAACCAUCCCUACCAAGCCGACAUGUCACGUAGGAAUGACUUCGCUGGUUAUACGCCACAGCCUACGAACCCCGGUGCCCAACAGCACCAGCCGCACGGUCAGCAGCAUCAUCAACAACUCUCUCAACAUCAACAACACCAGAAUCAACCACACCAGCAGCCGCAUGGACCCCAUGCCCAGCACCCGCAUCACCAACCGCACCAACAAUCUCAUCAGGCGCAACAGCACCAUGCGACUCCUGUCCCGCCGCCGAUGACUAUCCCGCAACCUGCAGUAGCUACUUCUCAGCAGUCCACUCCUACGCCAGCCCCAGCCCCAGCUCCUCCCCGCGGUCGCAAGCGAGCUGCGCCUGGACAUCAGCAACCCCACGCUUCCGCCCCGAACGCGUCAACCCCUGUUCCCGCGGUCUCCUCUGCCGCCGCCCCUACUUCGUCUACUCCAGCCCCCGCCCCGGCAGCUACCCCAGUUUCCGCCGCGCCGCAGCCGCCAAUGCAGGUGACUCCUGUGAUUCCACCGGCAGUUCCGACAAAGGAAGAGGCCAGCACCCCGUCGGUCCAGCCCCCGGCUAAAAAGAGUCGAACCAACACUCCUUGGACACCGGCCGAAGAAUUGCGAUUGAAGCAGAUGAGAGAUGCUGGUAACAGUUGGGCUGAAAUUGCCAAGACUUUCCCUACGCGAACCGAAGGUAGCGUCAAGAAACAUUGGUACAAGGAUAUGCACUACGCUGAGUUCGCCGAGGAUGAGAGCCAAGCCCUCCUAAGUGCUAUCAAGGACUAUGAGAACAACAAGUGGAAGACUAUCGGCCAAAAGGUCGGCAAGCCUGCCAAGGCAUGUGAACAAUAUGCCAAAGAGCAUUUCCCGGAUCUCUUUGCGCCGCAAAAGGCACGUUACCCACUCCAGGCGCUACGCGUCUUAUUUUCGUUCCUUCCUGUGCCCCAUUCCUGUCAUUGCUAGUAUCCCUUCCAUUCUUGAUCAGCUCGUGCUAACCGGAUUUGAUGAAAGUAUAGCAACCUCUAUGAUGGUUGUCUCCCUGAAAUCGCACCACUCGAACGAGGCUGCUCCUAUAUCCCCCCGGAUCAAUCGACGACGUGAGGUGAGAUGAAGGCGACAUGAGGGUGGUGAGAUAAGGGCGACAUGGGUGUCUUAAUUCCUUUCUCCAUUAUUCCCGUGUCUAGUUGUGUUUCGGUAUAUCGCUCAGGGAUGAUAAGGCUUUUCUUCUCUUUUUUUUCAUUUCACACAGCAAAAUUCCCCCGCGGGAGAAUGAUCGGGUUGUCGGAUAUUAUGGGGGCUUGAGAGGACUAACAUUCAUGUAUUCGCUUUCACAGGCUUGAUUAUGUAUUGAAGGCAUGGUGGAAAGCAGGGUUCAAAGGGUUUUCUAAAAGAUGUUCUAUUUCGAAUAAUCGAUUUCGUGUGUGUUAAUGCUGAUCAGUCGGGCGACACCCAAUAUAGACUCGCCAAUGUCAGAUCUGAGAUAGGCGAGCCGCUGGAUGUCCCUGUCGGUCAAUAUCAAAAAGAAAACACCGUUUCUACACCGUAUUAUCAUUUGUGGAUUAUUCAAGAUGCAUAUUUUCAUUGUUACCGCAACUAAAUACAUUGAAUCGGAUCAAAUCGA